AUGCCUCAGGACACCCAGAAAUCAGAGCACCAGGAGCCCUUUUUGGAACGGAUCCUCGACCGCCACCACCACAAACAUGCAAACGAAUCCAAGGAUGACAACAAGGACCAAGGCAGCCAUGAAAACAGGCUGCACGAUGUUCUAAAGAAGGACGAGGGGGGCUUCAAAGAAUACCUCAAAGAGGAUGAGCAGCUUGAACAGGAGGGACAGACCUACGGGGGUUUGAUGUAA